GAGGGUGGGUGGGCGCACAGACCAGAGCUGGAAGGCAACAAGCGCCAAGCGCAGGCGACAGGCAGCAGCAACCCACUCGCGACCGGGAGGGGUUCUCACGCCCCCUGCUCCGGGGUGACGGCACCCGAGCUCGGAAGGAAACGGGGCGAGAAAUGAAUCAUCCAGCCCCACUCCUCCCUCUCGGCUCGCGCGCCAACCCCCUCCCGAGAUCCCACAGCAGCCUUCAGGCGAAGCCGGGGCUCCAGCUCAGACUCCACUGAGCCCCCUGUGGCCUGCAGUGGAGAGGAGACAGACAGGGCGGGAGGCCAAUGAGAACGGCGCUCUCACGGGCGCCCUCCGCUGAGCCUCGGCUCCCUGGCAGGGCGGGGCUAGCCGCGGAGGGGGCGGGCCCGGGCUGGCGCGCAGCGCGGAGGCUCAGCGGCUCGCAGAGCGAGCGCGUCGCGGGGAGUCGGCGCAGAGGCGACGCGGGAAAGCGCCACCACCGCCGCCGCUGGCCAAGGUGCUGGACACCGUAGGCCCGUCGGCCGCUUCGCCCGGUCAGGCCCCUUCUGCUGCAGCCGCUGCUGCCUCGCUUCCAGCCAGGUCCCCAUGGAAGAGAUGGAAGAAGAGUUAAAAUGCCCUGUGUGCGGCUCCUUCUAUCGGGAGCCCAUCAUCCUGCCUUGCUCUCACAAUUUAUGUCAGGCGUGCGCCCGCAAUAUCCUGGUGCAGACCCCGGAGUCCGAAUCCCCUCAGAGCCGUCGGGCCUCGGGCUCUGGGGUCUCCGACUAUGACUAUCUGGACCUGGACAAGAUGAGCCUGUACAGCGAGGCGGACAGCGGCUAUGGCUCCUACGGAGGUUUCGCCAGCGCCCCCACUACCCCGUGCCAGAAGUCACCCAACGGCGUCCGCGUUUUUCCCCCUGCUAUGCCGCCACCGCCCACCCACCUGUCACCGGCUUUGGCCCCUGUGCCCCGCAACUCCUGCAUCACCUGUCCCCAGUGUCACCGCAGCCUCAUCUUGGAUGACCGGGGACUCCGUGGCUUCCCCAAGAACCGCGUCCUGGAAGGGGUCAUUGACCGCUACCAACAGAGCAAAGCCGCGGCCCUCAAGUGCCAGCUCUGUGAGAAGGCGCCCAAGGAAGCCACGGUCAUGUGCGAACAGUGCGAUGUCUUCUACUGCGACCCUUGCCGCCUGCGCUGCCACCCACCGCGGGGGCCCCUAGCCAAACACCGUUUGGUGCCCCCAGCCCAAGGCCGGGUAAGCCGGCGCCUGAGCCCGCGCAAGGUCUCCACCUGCACAGACCAUGAGCUGGAGAAUCACAGCAUGUACUGCGUGCAGUGCAAGAUGCCCGUGUGCUACCAGUGCCUGGAGGAGGGCAAACACUCCAGCCACGAAGUCAAGGCUUUGGGGGCCAUGUGGAAAUUGCACAAGAGCCAGCUCUCCCAGGCGCUGAACGGAUUGUCAGACAGGGCCAAAGAAGCCAAGGAGUUCCUGGUGCAACUCCGCACCAUGGUGCAACAGAUCCAGGAAAACAGUGUGGAGUUUGAGGCCUGCCUGGUGGCCCAGUGCGAUGCUCUCAUUGAUGCCCUAAACCGAAGGAAGGCUCAGCUGUUGGCCCGGGUCAACAAGGAGCAUGAGCAUAAGCUGAAGGUGGUUCGGGACCAGAUCUCGCACUGCACGGUGAAGCUGCGCCAGACCACGGGCCUCAUGGAGUACUGCUUGGAGGUGAUUAAGGAGAACGAUCCCAGCGGCUUUCUGCAGAUUUCAGACGCCCUCAUCAGGCGAGUCCACUUGACUGAGGACCAGUGGGGGAAAGGCACGCUCACCCCCCGGAUGACCACGGACUUUGACUUGAGCCUGGACAACAGCCCCCUGCUGCAAUCCAUUCACCAGCUGGACUUUGUGCAAGUGAAAGCUUCCUCUCCAGUCCCAGCAACCCCCAUCCUACAGCUGGAGGAGUGUUGCACCCACAACAAUAGCGCUACACUGUCCUGGAAACAGCCCCCGCUGUCCACUGUGGCCGCCGAAGGGUACAUUCUGGAGCUGGAUGAUGGCAGUGGUGGUCAAUUCCGGGAAGUGUAUGUUGGAAAAGAAACCAUGUGCACCGUGGACGGCCUUCACUUCAACAGCACAUACAAUGCUCGUGUCAAGGCCUUCAACAAAACAGGAGUCAGCCCCUACAGCAAGACACUGGUCCUCCAGACGUCUGAGGCAGCGGGAGCACAUGAGACUAAACCUAUGAAGGACACAGAUUCAGAAGAACAGACCCUCCCUUUUCCAGUGCCUUCGGAAAGAUUGCCGCUCCGUAGAAUGAGUCCCUUCUCCUCCACCCUUAAUCUGCAACCCAGCUUCCCCGGGAGAUCCUACUUUGAUUUCCGAUCCUCACCCCAUCAGCUGAGCUUGCACUCUUCCUUGCAGUCUCUCAAUGCACCCGGAUGCAAUUUUGAGACACAGUCUGCAUCUUACUCUCAAUUAGUUGACAUUAAAAAGCUGCUCGCAGUGGCUUGGUUUGCUUUUGACCCGGGCUCGGCACACUCAGACAUCAUCUUCUCCAAUGACAACCUGACGGUGACGUGCAGUAGCUACGACGACCGGGUGGUGUUGGGGAAGACGGGCUUCUCCAAGGGCGUCCACUACUGGGAGCUAACCAUAGAUCGCUACGACAACCACCCCGAUCCAGCGUUUGGCGUGGCUCGCAUCGACGUCAUGAAGGAUGUGAUGUUGGGGAAGGACGACAAAGCGUGGGCAAUGUAUGUGGACAAUAACCGGAGCUGGUUCAUGCACAACAACUCGCACACCAACAGAACCGAAGGGGGGAUCACAAAAGGCGCCACCAUCGGGGUCCUCCUCGACUUAAACAGAAAGACGUUAACAUUUUUCAUCAACAAUGAGCAGCAAGGUCCCAUCGCCUUUGAGAACGUGGAGGGCCUGUUCUUUCCUGCUGUCAGCCUGAACAGGAAUGUGCAGGUCACGCUCCACACUGGGCUUCCGGUCCCCGACUUCUACUCCAGCAGAGCUUCCAUAGCCUAAGGGUGUGCUGUGGGGGCACUAGCUGUCCCUGAGAGGGACAGCAUGGAGCCACCGGCCUCGGCAGAUGCAGAGUUGGUAGAAGACAGAGACGGAGGAGAACAGCCGGUCCUCUACCAUCUUCGCCCCUACAGCUCUGCCCCUUUCCCAUGAGCCUCUCUGCAUCACUCGCCUGAGCUCCUUUCCUCAUCCAGACGUUCUAACCCACAGAGGACCUCGGCAGCCCACCGUUCCCUUCGUUUCCACUUUCACUUGUUGCUUUUCUUUCAUUUAGGGUUUGUUUUUGUUUGUUUGCUUUUAAAUGCAGAUCGAGUUCGUUUUGUUUCUUUUCUGAUCAUGUUUUGCUGACUUACCUACCUAACUGGCCCUGCCAAGAGAAAAUCAUCCUAGAAACCUUUUCCUUAAGCUUUGCUUCACACAAAGAUGUUAUAGGAGAGCAGGUAGGAAAGAAGUCGAAUUCAGAGUUUGCCAUUUGACUCCUAGAAUGUUCUCACCCUAUUUCUUGUCCAAGCAACGUCAGCUCUUCAAGGCUAUUUCUCGGGAGGUGGGCAGAGUGCACCUGGCACCCACAAGUCGUAACCACACCCUGAAGAACAAAUGUAUCAGUGAGACAAGGUCACAGCAGGGUGAGGACAAUUCAGAGGUGCUCCAGACACUGGGCAGGCCCGGGGACUCAAUUUGAUUCGUUUAGUUAAUACAAGUUUUUAAUUAAGAAUACUAUGGACCCGGUACUGUUCCAGACUCUAGAAUUCUGUAUUCUAGACACUGGGGAGGGACCAGGGAAAAGGUGACCAGUCUAUUUUCCUGGAAUGUAUACUCUGGAAGGAGAACAAAGCAAAUAACUUCAAGUUGUUCUAAGUACAAAAGUCAAGAAUCAAAAAAGGUGUCGUGGACAAACCCUUAGAUUGACGCUGAACCCACGCACUCCGGCCGUCACACCAGACGUGUACCAACCCAGUGCUUUUCCCACCGCGCUCUCUGAAUUAUGGUCCUUGCUGCCACUCACCACAGCCCUUCUUUGGCAGAAAUGAUGUCAGCAUUGUUACUCAUUAUGCUGCAGUCAUAAUAAGCCUUAAAAAAAAAAAAGAAUGCUAAAAACAAAAUGACCAGAGGGCACAGGACCCAGUCACUGUACUGAGGCUCCUACGUUGCAGGCCACAACAUUUACAUUCUCAGGACAAACACACUCCAUGUCUACUCUCUGUGCCUGUUACAAACGAGAAUCCACACCCACUGCUGUCACAGCCUGACAUCCACGGAAGCUCGAAGUGGGUUUGGGAAAGCAUGAGCGUGGAUGUCAUCCCUGGGAUUGACUGAAUAGUCAUGCUUCCUGCUCCUAACACGUACCCUUCAGAAGCUUUCUUUGGGCGUGACGUUUUAGAGAGCGUAGGGCCUGAAAGCAAACUUCCGAUGAGUUGGCUAAAUACUUUCCACUGAGCCACGAAAUCGACUCGAACAAGGGUCGUUCAACAGAGGUGGGAUGGGAGAGCUGGCGUUGCUUCGACAAAAAGCAAUCUCUGUAAAUAGCUCAUCCUCUACUCUGUGCUUCUCCCAAGUCAUCUGUCGUUAUGAUGUUUUUCUAGUUAGAACCUAAUUUAUUGAAUGGGUGCUAUCCUGUCUGUGUCUGUCUUGGGUUCUCGUGGCUCCAGAACAUGGUUGCAGGACAACACUGCUUGGUCUUUGAUUUCUGCUCCCGUGAGACUCGAUGGCUGGGCCGCUAGUUACUCUCUUUAUUAAAUCUGCCCCGCUGGUUAGAGUUCUAGUGACUUGUAACAAAUAGUUUACAUUAACUACAACUAUAGAUGCACACAGCUACUGUGCUAGAAAAAGAAAAAAAAAACUGUCAUUCCUGGUAUGCCAAUAAAGGGUUUUUAUGAGAGGAAAA